AUGUAUUCCUCAUCUUCACUGGAUGGACGAGGGAUGGAGACACGAGUCUGUUCUGAGUGAAUCACUCUUCUUUAUUAAUCAGCAAUGAAUGACCUGCUCCAGAACUCUUCUCUCCUGAACUGGGAUGUCCUGGAGGGAAGAAACGCGUCGCUUGCUCCACCCUGGGAGGUGGAGCCAAUCCCAGUCUUCAUCAACCCAUGGGACGUCCUGCUGUGCGUGACGGGAACGCUGAUGUCCUGUGAAAACGCAGUGGUCAUUGCACUAAUUGCCUAUACGCCCACGCUGAGAGCGCCUAUGUUCGUCCUCAUUGGGAGUCUGGCGUUUGCUGACCUCUUGGCCGGCCUGGGUCUAAUCCUUAAUUUUGUCAUAACCUACAUAAUCGACUCAGGAUUGGUUACUUUAUUGUCUGCAGGGCUUCUAAUCACAGCCUUUUCUGCAUCAGUGCUCAACAUUUUAGCAAUCACCGUAGACCGAUACCUAUCAUUGUAUAACGCAUUAACGUACCACACCGAACGCACCAUGACGUUUACGUACGUCACGCUAAUUUUAAUGUGGAUCGUUAGCGCUGCUCUCGGCUCGCUUCCAGUUUUGGGAUGGAAUUGUUUGGAAGACGAGAGCACCUGUAGCAUUUGUCGACCGGUGAAUAAAAACAACGCCGCAGCACUCGCCGUGUCCUUCCUUCUGAUUUUCGCUCUCAUUCUGCAGCUCUACCUGCAGAUUUGUAAGAUCGCUUUCCGGCAUGCGCAGCAAAUCGCAGUUCAGCGCCAAUUCAUGACUGCAUCGCAUGCAUCUUCCACCACCAAAGGAGUUUCAACAUUGACCACCAUUUUGGGGACUUUUGCGUUCUGCUGGAUCCCUCUUGCCAUGUAUUCGCUGGUGGCGGACACGCGGUCACCGGUGAUUUACACGUACCUCACAGCUCUUCCGGCAAUCUGCCACUCCAUCAUCAACCCUAUGAUAUAUGCAUUCAGGAACCCGGAGAUUCUGCGAUCUUUAAGGAUUGCUUGUUGUGGAUGCAUGCCUUAUAGUUUCAGCGUGCGACCCAGGACACCCAGCGACGUGUAGCAGCGCGCCUUCUGAAGAAAGCACAAUCACACUGCAAUUAAAUGCUUUUUAUUUACUUUGAAUUCUCUUUGAAGUCUUGUUUCUAGUCCAAAUAUCUAAAAUAUUUAUAAUCAGAAAUCAUUUUAUUAGACAAGUUCAAAUUUUGGUCUUGAUUUCAUGUAACCCCGCUGGUCCUA